UUGUCGUCCAGAUGGCGCGGUGAGAAUAAACCAAUUCGUAUAUACAAUCGAGGUGGCCUUUUUGACCUUUGGGAUCCGGGUAAACACGGCUUUCGGCUAGUCAGCCAACUGAUAGAGGCUUACCUAAAUCAGCAGUUGACACCAGAACACUCAGAUCUUCGACUUGUACAUCCCGUCUCUAGUCGACGACCUCGCGACCUUUCGUCUGGGGAAAGUAUCAAUUAUGCUUCUAGUAUCAUAACAGGCAAUCCCAGCGGCGCUGCUACCAGUACACAUCUCUCUUUCGUGGCGGGCAUUAGCUCCGACGCUUCCCAAAUGCUACCGCUUAACUCAAACCAGCACCUUGUUCCUGCAGAGGAUUCAGCGGUGGCUACUAGAACAGUCGCAUCAUUAGAUUCAGAGUGUCCGCUCUUGCCUGACCUUGAAAUUAACCAACUCCUGACAGAAUUAAACCAGGCCUGCUUAAGUUCACAAUGCUGCGAGCGUCGGAACCGGGAGCUUCGGUUACAGUUCAAACGAGCUACUGAGAAGAAGGAGCACGCAGAGCGCAUGAUUAAAGCCUUUACAAAGCUAUACUCUUGGUUGAAUAUUCAGUCAACUCGACUCACCGAAAUAUCUGGCAGGAACGACAUGUACGCAUGA